AGUUGGAAGCUUGAUUGAGAGAUGGCUCGCGGGAGCACAAAGUCCCGCCAAGCAGGUUGCUGCAGGGAUCAGCGGCACGGGCUCGCGAUGAUGCAUCAUUGGUGAACGGCGCGUGAACAUCUCAGUUCGCGCAUGAGGAUCAGUCUACGCUGUCAAAAGACUGUCAUGGCGACCAAGCAAGACGUUGAAAUGGGAGACGCGACUGCAGAUGUGCAAGACCCAAACGAUCAUGCAGAUCUGCUCCAGACCAGAUACAGCGACGCGUUCGCCUUCUCUGAUGUCGAGAAGCGAGCCCUUGAGCUCUACGACCAGUUGCGGGAGCUUGAACUGCAGCAGAGCCUCCUUCAGGCACAGCAAAUAGCACAUGUGCCUGAUGUCUCAACACUCUCAGAUGACGCUUUGCAAGAGCAGCUGAUCAUAGCCCAACGCGAGGCUAUGGAGGCAAAAGCAGAAUAUGAGAUCCGAAACCGAAUUACCCACAACGUGCUCGUCAUGGACCCGGUGCUGAAAGCUGUCCAUGGAAGUGAGCAGGCAAGUUUUAUAGAAAAACGCAUACGUCCACUAAUCACAGAGAACGAUGCCGUCUCAAUGGUUCAUAGCUCUCUGGCCUCAAAGCUUGCAUCUUCCACCAGGGCCUUAGGUGUAGCCGAGCAGGCAAAUGUCAUUGCAAAUCAGAAGAACCGAGAACUAUCUCAGACAAUGCUAGCAUUGGCCGAGGAUAUGAAAGCACAAUCAGCCAAAGACAUCGAAGAUCCUCGACUGCGCAACCAGGUGCAGGCAGUGGAAAAGGAGCUGAAGGAGUCCAGGAGAAGGGUUCAGACAUUGAAGGGAAUCCUGUCGGCCAUGAUUGUUGGCAGUGGAGUCAACUGGGCGGCGGACGAAGGCCUGACCGAGCUUGUUAUGGAUGAUGAGGAGGACGGAUGAACCAAGCAUAGGCAACCAGCUGCGUUACUCUCGUCGGGACAGAGUCUUAAAUUUAAAAGAUGCCCCAGACACAUGUGCAGUCUGGUCGAAGCUGUGCACCGUUCGUUUGUCUUUGG